AGUUGUGAGGUUCAGGGGGUGUGUGCUAUAUAUAAAGUGCUUUCAACAUUCUCUUAGCUCAUUUUUCAUCUUCUUUAGCAGUUUGUUCCAUCAUUGGAAUAAGGAAAAUAUGGGAAAUUGUCAAGCAAUUGAUGCUGCAACACUAGUGAUACAGCACCCAAGUGGAAAAAUAGAGAGGUUUUAUUCAUCUAUGAGUGCAAGCCAAGUUAUGAAAAUGAAUCCUGGUCAUUGUGUUGCUCUUCUUAUUUCUACAACAAUGUAUCCAAACAAGGACAUUCAAAAUUCAUCCAAAACCAACACGGACCCGGUUCGAUUAACUCGGAUUAAGCUUCUUAAACCGAACGAUACUCUGCUUCUUGGACAUGUUUAUAGACUCAUCACAACUCAAGAGGUUAUGAAGGGUAUAAGGGAAAAGAAACAAGCAAAGAUGAGACAAAACAUGUCGGAUUCAGGUUGUAAGUCGGAUUUGGUGAAGGAGAAAAAACCAAUCAAGUUUGACACAAAAGACAACAAGGAAACUAUACUGGGAAGAGCACGAGCGAGGACGAGUUCAUCAAGUAAUAAUGCUGCCAGUGUUACAGUCACAGCUAAGACAAGAUUCUGGCAACCCUCUUUACAAAGCAUCUCAGAGAUAGCCAGCUGAGCUGAGAGACAGAGGAGCAAGCAAUUUUAGGACUAAAAUCAGAACCCCUCUAUCCAUGAUUGCUUAGUCAUGUGGAAAUUAAAUAUAUGCAUUGAACUUUAAAGAGAGGCCAAAAACAACUCUUAUGGGUUGGUGCAUGAUUGUGCAUAGUAAAGUUGACAUAUCUAUAUCAGAUAAUAUGUAACUAGAUUAUUAUUCUCUAAUGAAAUCAACCUUAGACAUCACAUUUAAUUUA